UUCCACUUCCGUCUGCUAGUUAACCUGCAGGUGCUCUGUGUACAGAGUGUACUGCAAAAUAAUAGACGGAAAAUGAAAUUGUAUCCGAAAAUUGUGACGGGAACGUUGAAUGCUCAUAACAAAGAUGCCUGUGACUGGGGCUGGCAAGGUUACUUGGCUUAUGGAUGCCAAAAUUUGGUCACUGUGAUUGAGCCAAAGUCUGUACAGGUGAUUCAAGUGCUGGACAAGCACAAAGGAGUAGUGACCCAAGUCAAAUGGGCGCACGAGCAGUAUCAUCAUGACUUGAAUUCUCCAUACACACUCCGCCUUGCAUCAUCAGACACCCAUGGGCACAUUGUGGUGUGGGAUGUUGGACUUGGCGUUGUACGGUCAGAGUUCAUCGAUGGAAACAAGCCAGUACUGGGUAUGCAAUGGCUAAGCAACCAGGAUGCUUGCCGUGACCUGCUUGUUUGUCUUCAUCCUCCAUACUCUCUCAUUUUGUGGAAUGCAGACACAGGGACAAAGCUGUGGAAAAAAUCAUACACAGAAACAUUGCUCAGCUUUACAUUUGAUCCAUUCAACAGUCGCAAUCUUGCCUUCUUGGGUCAAGACUGCAUCAUAUUCAUCUCUGACUUCACCAUCAACAAGACACCAUCCAGCAAUGGAAAGAAGUUUUACAUCUCCAACCCAAGUCAAGUGUCAAGCAUGUCAAGAUCCUCAAGUUCCAACAGUUUGGAGCGAAAGACAUCGACGUCCUCCGCUUCUUCUUCUAAGAAUCUGGCCAAAAGAAUGAGCAGAAUAUUGGUUGGAGAGAGUAAGCCAAAAACUUCUCCUGAUGAAGAAGCUGUGACACUGAACGAAUGCCUUCAGCUGUGCUUCCAUCGAUCUUGUCGCCACCAUCUGAUGCUUCUUUAUCCAAGAGAAAUGCUCAUUUUAGAUUUGGAAAUCAACCAGACUGUGGGCAUCAUUGCCAUAGAUCGCUCAAGCUCCUCCUUUACUCAGGUUAUACCCUGCUGGCAGCGUGAUGUUCUCAUGUGUUUACAUGAAAAUGGCAGUGUGUCUGUGAGAGUGAGACGCAGAAAUAAUUCUGUUGCCACGCCUGCCCCAGAGGGACAUGGAGCCUUUGAUGACACACCUACACAGCUGUCGAUGGAAGUGGCCUAUGACCUCCGGUGUCAAUCGGAUCCACUGAGGGUGACAAGGCACAACAAGCUGUACGGGGCAAGCCUCUGCCCUGUGUCGGAGAAGGCUGUUGCCCUGAUCAUGAGUGACAGCCGCAUCCUUUUGUGGGAACUGACAUCUUCACAGAGUAAUGUCAGCGACCAUGGAGCCAUGUCCCCGCUGUUAAGUCCAGGUUGGGAUGUGAAAGCACCUACCCCGUCAGUCUCAACAGCUUUCCCAGUGACAUCUGACAUGGCACAUCCCCAGUUUGCUUUGGCAGACACUAUUGCCACGUCACAGACUGUGGACACCUCUGCUACACCAUUUGGCCAUUCUGUUCAACUGAAAUUCCUUCUCAACGGACUUUUAAGUGGAAUUGCUGCCCAUGUGACUGUGUUAAGGAUGUGCCCACCACUCACCAACAAAAAUAUUGAUAUUUACCAACCUCUCAUGGCUUUAGGAACCCACUCAGGAACAGUGCAAAUCGUUAACGCUUCCAGUGGCCAGGUGGAUAGAGAGUACAGUCUCCACUCUAGCCCUGUCAGGGGCAUCGAAUGGUCAGGACUGAAGACAUUUAUAUCGUAUGCUUACCCGAAUCCUGGACCAACAAACCUUGUGAAGAAUGAACUGUUUUUGUUGGAUAUAACUUCAGGAAAACAAGAGCAGUUGAGAACCAACAGAGAGGUCGAGUCCCCAAUAGAGAUGCUUGCCAUUUCCCAUCUGAAGCAGUACUUUGUCCUGCUGUUCAAGGACAAGCCUUUAGAAUUGUGGGACCUGAGAUCCCAGGCGAUCAUAAGAGAGUUGCCACGACAGUUUCCUCGUCCUACUACAGUUGUAUGGUCUCCAAGUCACAGCUUAAAGACAUUGCGAAAGAAGUUGCUUGACUACGGUGAUGAAGAAAAGCCAUCAAGCCUCUCUUCAUCAACCCAUGGACCCUCCAUGUCCACAUCGGGGGAAACUCUUGAGGACAAAGACAAAAAGCAAGUGAAAUCAAAUGUGAGAGAGCAUUUUGUCAUGACUGACAAGGAGGGCACAGUGUUUCAUUUCAUCGUGGAGGGCACAGCUAUAUCUGAUGUCACCAAGAUACCACCAGAGAGUGGCCUGGCAAAAAUUACUGCCCUUGCGUGGAAAGGAGACAUCUUGAUUUUUGGGGAUUCUGAAGGCUUUCAGUGUUUAUGGGACUUGAAGGCAAGGAUUUCCAGAACAACCCCAACAAACAGAGGAUGGAUCAAGAAGAUAAAAUAUGCCCCUGGUAGAGAUAACAUGAAGUUCUUUACAUUGCAUAAUGACGGUGUCAUCAUAUGGGACAUUGGCUUUGAAGGAAAGUGUACAAUGCAGUACUCAAUCAAAAGUCCCAAAGACAUCAGCAAAGUGGUUGACAUUGACUGGGCGGGGUCAGACAGGCCCGCCCUGGUCACAACCCACAGCACCCUGCACAUCUGUGACAUCACCAUGAAGUCUGCAACUUCGGGCACAGAACACUGGGACUUGCCAGAACCCAUGUUCUGCCCGCACAUCCUGCCGGCCCGUCUGUCCCAGAUCAUCAAGAGCUUACUGCAGCACCAGACCUGGCGGGAACAGUACACUCUGUCGGUGGCCGGACUGCUGGAGCAUGACAAGCCUGUGCAGAAGAGGAUCAGCGCUCAGCUACAACUCAUUGACAAAGAACUGACUGAAUACUUACCAGUCUGCAGAUUUGGAACUGCUCAUAGAUGUUUGCUGAUUGCAAGGCUUUAUGGUGAUGAAUCAGAGGUUCAUUUCUGGAAUGUGGCUCUGCACUAUUUGCGAUCCCUCAGAGGCCAUGGAUUGAUGAAGCCUGAAGGUGUGGAUGCCCCCGGCGGUCAAGGCUCAGGAGAGGUAUUCACAUCAUCCGAGUCUCCAACUCAGGACCUUGUGGUGUUGGAUGAGGAGAGAGAAGCUCAAAGGAAAGAAGCGCGAGUGUUCUGUGAUCAUCCUUUGGAAAGAUGCUAUGACAGCCUAUGUGAUAAUCAAAGUUUCAAGAGAUAUCAACUUGACCGAGUCCACUUGCAAGACAGUAAGCGUGCAACCACAGAGCACACCCAGAAGUGUGCAGACAGCUAUGUCCAGCUUGGUCAGACCGACAGAGCUGUUCAGCUCUUACUGGAGACUGAAUCUGAAGCAGACACCUACUACAUUGACUGUCUGAAGGCGUGCUUGGUGGCCAGUGUCAGAUCUUCUGGUGCCAGCCAAAGCACGAUCAAGCUUGUGGCUACCAACCUUAUUGCAAGUGGAAGAUUAAUUGAGGGUGUACAGCUCCUGUGUCUUAUCAACAAAGGCCUGGAUGCUUGCAGAUAUUUACAGACAUAUGGUGCUUGGGAUCAUGCUGUUUGGUUGGCAAAGGCAAGCCUGGAAGCUGGUGAAUGUGCAGAGGUCAUGAAGAGGUGGUCAGAGUACUUGAAUAGCCCUCAAGUUAAUCAGAAGAGCAAGUCGGUGUUGGUGUUGUUGAGCUUGGGCCAGUUUUACAAAGUUCUGGAGGUGCUUUACAGCAUGAGGAAUUUUGACAGAGCUGCUCUGUUCCUGGAGGCGUGUCUCGAGUUUGGGCUUCUGAGGAGCACAGAGCAGACAAGUUCUUUGUUUGAGGCCAUAUACUUGGAGUAUGCUCGUUACUUGAUCAACCUUGGAUUAAGCCAAGCUGCAGAGCACUACUGUCGACUGGCAGGAGAGAAAGGUCAGCAGCUCUUGAAAGAAGUAGAAAUUCUUUUUUCACCAACGUGAAUGUGUUAAUACCUGCGUCUCACAAAAGGAGUCAAGGAACAGUUCUUGGGACAUGUAUACCUGUACAUUAUUAUUUUGAGGACCAGCUUAGUAUUUCACAAUUCCACCCUGUUUGAUUGGGUUCAAUUCUUUUUUUCAUGGCUCAUCAAACCCGGCUAAUGUUGUACGUCUUUCAGUACUCAGAGACAACAAAUGCUUAUCUGUUCAAAAUGUUAUAUUUAUUGCUGUGUUUUCAAAAAGUUCUAGAAAGAUUAGUGUGUUUCUUGCAUCAUGAUUGGAGUUUAUGUGGUGCACAGUGUCUUGGCCUUGAGAGUGUGGAAAUUACUGAGAAAAUUGGUGCUAGCAGAGGACACCCCAAGUUUUCCUUUUAUUUACCUUCAUUUUUUUUUUUGCGUUUGAGUCAUUGCAAUAUAUAGAAGAUGAACUGAGCCAGUGCAUGCAUGUAUGCGUGCAAAUGCUUUCAGUUGAAAGAGUGCAGUCGUGGAUUAUUCUCAUUUAAUAAGACUCAUUCUUCAGUUUAUGAGCUGUGUUCUUAUGUUAUAUUUCUUUUGUGAGGCCAAUGAUGAAGUCAUUCUUUUUUCAAUCAUUUUUCUUUCCUUUUCUCGUUCACUCAUGUCUUUUUCUUCAUUUCUCUUUCUCCUUUUGCUUAUCAUUGUAUAUUAUACUUUUUUGUAGGCUAUUAUAUUUCUUUGUAAUUCCAUGCCAGCUUCAACAAAUUUAUUGACUUGGCUAAAUUUGAAUUAUUAUUUCAGAGAUGAAUGAAGUGUUAUAAAAGGGUAUAUAUGUAGCCUGACAGUGUAUUAGUAUGAGCAUUCUAUAUAAUAAGAAAUGAACUCAUAUUUGUUCUGUUUUUGAUUACUGCUGCUUUGUGGGAACCAAUAAAUGUUUGAUGAACAGUCCCUUCACUGUUAUAUAUUGCCUGUGGCUGUGGAAAAGUAAAUCGUCUUUGCUUUUUGAUGAAUGCUUGGAGUUGAAGUGUGAGCUUGUUGUCAGUGAUAUUUUCUUCACAAUUUUUGUUAUUGUCAUACAGCCUCUGUAUACAAAGUUUAAUGUGCAAUACAGUUUUUCAUGUCAUAAUGAAUGCUAGCAAUGCCAAUCUGCGAAUAUCACAAAUUAGUCCCUAUACUUCUAAUGUGCAUUAUUUUUUAAGGGAUGAAUUGAUAUAACCAAUUGGGAUGGGGUUUUGUUGUUAUUGUUGUUUUGUUUUGUUUUUUAUUGAUUUCCAAGAUGCCCCCUAAUUACUCUGUUUAACUUGCCUUUCACUGUUAUUCAAUUAUCAGUUUGCUAGAGAUAAUUAUUUCUCACCUUCUUGAUUUGACAUUUUAUUUCAUGUUGAGCAAUUUAACUGGUCACCAGUUCCUGUUGUCUGUCUCUCCAUUUGGUGAGUUCAGAGAGCCCAGUAGGACUAUGAUUGAAGCAGGUGGUUAAGGGAUUUUUGGCUGCCAUCUAGAGAUUUAGCAAGCACAGGGAAAGUUGCAUGAUCUCUUUCAUUUUGGCAGAGUUUGCUCCGUGGUCAAAACCAUGACUCAAAGAUUGGUAAGUUGUCAUGUGGCACUGUACAUGGAUUCACAGCCCCCCCCCCCCUCCCCAAAUUUAAAAAAGUAAAAGUUUUGUAGCAACUUUUGAAACUGCCCAGCUACUUGUUGAAUUCUGCUUCUUUUCUUCGCCUAUUUGGAAAGCUCCAGGCUGGUAGGCUUUUAUUAAUUUCACUGGACAAGGGUGCAAAAUUGACUGUUCCAACUAUAUUAUAUCCUGACAGCAUUUCAUGCCAGUUUAAAAAAA